AUGAAGUGUCCAUCAGAUUUUACACCAAUUCCACCGAAAGAUGAGUUGUUGAAGGCUUUCAAGGGAGCAAAUGUUCAGGAGUUGCCUACUCCGGCAUUCGUUGUUGAUCGUUCUGUUGUAAAGAACAAUUCAGAUAAGAUGCUCGAGAAUGCUAGAUCACUAGGAUUAGAUUUUAGGGCCCAUGUUAAAACACAUAAAACUUUGGAAGGAACGCUGUUACAGUUGGGAGAAGGAAAAAAUAAGACUGAUAAAAUUGUGGUGUCCACUUUGAGGGAAGCAUGGGGUCUACUUCCAUUAAUUGAAGACGGGAAGAUUAACGACAUCUUGUUUAGUUUACCUGUGGUUAAAAGCAGACUCCCUGAACUCGAGGAGUUGAGUAAACGUGUGAAGAACUUGCGACUUAUGCUGGACAACAUUGACCAGAUCGAUACUCUUGUCAAUUAUAGCAAGAAGAAUUCGUCUGAAAAGAAGUGGUCUAUAUUUGUUAAGGUUAAUAUGGGUACGAACAGAGCAGGCUAUGACCAAGAUUCCUUGGGUCCCACCCUCAGAAAACUGCUGAGCACUGAUGCUAAAACCUAUGUGUCGUUAUACGGGUUUUACUGUCAUGCAGGUCACUCAUACGGGGGAAAGAGUGAGAAAGAGGGUCAAUCGUUCUUACUAGAUGAGAUCUCAAGCGCAAAUUAUGCUGCCAAACAAGCUCGUGAAAUCGACCCGUCUUGUGAUCUGCAUCUCUCAGUGGGAGCUACACCAACAGCGCAUGCGUCUGCACACUUUGACCUGAAGUCGGCUGGGGAACUCUACGGCAAGCUUGAACUUCAUGCAGGAAACUAUCCAUUUUGCGAUCUUCAGCAAAUGGCUACAGGUUUUGUGUCCGAAGAACGUGUUGCAUGCCGAGUCCUAGCAGAGGUUCUUUCCACUUACCCAGGAAGAGGCCCAAAGCAACCUGGUGAACAACUCAUUAAUGCAGGUGUCAUUGCUCUCACUAAAGAAGUUAGCUCGGUUCCUGGUUACGGGAAACUUUGUUUAGAUUCACAGUACGGUGAAUGGGUUGUGGGCAGAUUGAGUCAGGAACACGGUAUAUUGGCCCCUCUCAGUGAGGAUGCAAAACUAUUGCCGAACGGAGCAAAAGUGAAAAUCAUUCCUCAGCAUAGCUGUAUCACUGCUGCUUCUUAUCCAUGGUAUUAUAUUGUCGAUGGCGACGAGACUGUUUGCGAUAUUUGGGUUCCCUUCCGCGGAUGGUAA